UCAUGGGGCCCCCGGGCAAUAGGGAAUCAUGGGGCCCCUGUGUCCUUGCCCAAACUCAAAAAAGCUUAUGAAAAAGGUACCAGGGGCAUCUCAUGGGGCCCCCUACUGACCUUGGGCCCUCAGGCAGUGCCCAAGUUUCCAAAUGGUCAGUCCGCCGCUGCUUACCCUUAUCUUGUAUGGGACGGGAAGUAGGAAUCUCUCCGACAAAGGUCAUGGACAGAGGUGAGCUUAUUACAGAGAGCGCACAUAAAGGAAGGGUGGUUUUUAGGAGCAUGGGGAUUGAGAUGAAGUCCCCGGUCACACUGAAUGCAAAUCGGCAUGUGACU